CAGACAAUCUCCCACAACAUGGAGACGUUUAAGGUGGCUUCUCUCAUCUUUUUGCUGAUUUAUACCAGCAUUGGAUGGCCCACACACACAGUCUGCAAGAGUAACAAUUUGGAAGUAUAUUACAGAAGCUGCGAUCCAUUGCAAGACUUUGCUUUUACUCUUGACAGUUGUUCCGGACAUACCAUCGAAAGUGUUAAUAUCAGGGCAGCAACGGUUUUAAGACACAACAUCGGGGAACUCUUUGUAACUGUAAGACUCAUUGUGAAUGGCAAGAGCAUCCCACUUUUCUCAACACAACUUUGUGAGCGGGAUCAUCCAAACUUGAGUUUCUGUGGAAAGAAGAAAGGAGAACAUAUCUACUAUGAAGGGCCUGUUUCAGUCAAUAUCCAUGACAUCCCCCAAGGAGACUUUGAUGUAACAGUGGAGCUAUUUAACGAAGACCAACGCACUAUUAUUUGUUCUAAUUUUACCGUUCUGAGCCACUGA